AUGCCUACGCAUGCGCCCAUCGUGCGCACCAUCCACCGCACCUAUCACGUGCCAAGUCCACCGAACUACGUGCACGUGCACGUGCCGGGCCCCACUGUGGUGAAGCCGGUGGUGGUCCAUGAUCGCGUGCCGGUGCCAUUCCAUGAGCCGCCUAAGGUGAUCGAUGUGAAGAAACCCUACCCGGUGCACGUGAAGGGCCCUGACCACUUCGUGAAGGUGCCCGUGCCUUCGCCACCACAUGUGGUGACCCAGUAUCACACCAAGUGGAACACUGUGAUCGAUCAGACCUACGACUGCCACAACGGCCUGGAGGAUUGGGGUCACCUUUGGUCGCACUCCAAGAAGAGCUGGUGCUGCGACCAUCAGGACGUGGGCUGCGGCCAUUGGGAGAAGGUGGUCCAUGUGGUGCAGACCUAUGACUGCCACGCGGGCUUCAAGAACUGGUUCCACGGAUGGUCCGGCGCCAAGAAGGAGUGGUGCUGCGCUCACAAGUCCAGGGGCUGCCCAGGCGAUUUCCAUGGCCACUGGCAGCAUCACAUCAAGGUUCACGUGGAGCAACACGGUGUGGGACAUGGAGGCUACGACUGCGAGGCUGGCGCCCACAACUGGAUCCAGGGUUGGUCGGCCCACAAGAAGGACUGGUGCUGCCACAAGGGCCACUCGCAGUACUGUGUGCAGUUCCACUGCCACGGAGCACACGGCAACGUGGCCAGCUGGUCCAGCGAUCAGCGGGAUUUCUGCUGCAAGACGUUCCAGCUGGGCUGCCCCCACACCACGCUGUCGCCCCUGGGCUGCGAUGCCCAGUGCGUCAUCAAGGGCCAGGCGCGCACGUGCUCGGAGCGCAUGGAGUGGACUCAGAAACACGUCUUCGGAGCGGAGAAAGAAAACGCCUGCAACCUGGCCUACAGCAAGGUGCAGGUGGAAUGCGAUGUGUGCCGCGCAUGCUCCAUUGAGGCCGCUGGCUGUGGCAAGCAGGGCAAGGGCCUUGAGCCUUUCGAUUGCCAUGCGGCGCUGGGCAACUUCUGUCGGGCAUGGUCCCCGGCCAAGAAGGUCUGGUGCUGCAACAACAAGCAGAAGGGCUGCCAGUCUCCGGACACGCCACCGGCCUGCGACGCAGGCGCCGGAAAGGUCUGGCACAAGGUGAUGAUCAGCGGCCACUGGUCCUGGGAGGCGGUGUCGGGUGGUGCCGUCUCGGUGGGCCAUGCCUACAACUGCCAGGAGGGCUUGUCCAACUGGGAAGCCGGCUGGUCCGGAGACAAGAAGGGUUGGUGCUGCAGUCACCAGCAGAUCGGUUGCCCCGGCUACAAGUAUCAUGGUGCCAACGCCCAGAAACACGUCGUGGUGACGCACAAGUUCGUGGGUGGAUCCAGUGGAUCCAUGUCGGGACACAGCUGGUCAUCGUCAAGCGGGCACAGCUGGUCAGGACACGUCCAUCACGUCCAUCAUUACCACAGUCACGGUCACUAG